GGUGCGGGAAAGAACAGUGGCGAAGUGAUAAAACGUAACAGAAUAUUUCGAUUUUACGUCUCGCACUUCGUUGAACAUGGAAUUGUCUUGAGUGAUUCUCGGAGGAAAUGUCAGAAUUUUUCAAACAUCAUGGGGAAAAUUAUAUGUUUGUUGAUGCUAUUCAUUGGACUAGUUUCCUCGGCGGUAAUCCCUACUGAAGAUUACUGGUCCCUUCGCGCUAGUUUGCUUCAUGUUGAAGAAGUAACAUCAAUUGGAGGUCGUCUGGCUUUCAAGGAAGGCGAGCACAAUGCCAACGAUCUCUUGAUGACUCACAAAAGGGCGGAAAUUGACGAAGCAUUCUCGAACCCCAGGAAGUUCCUCCCUGCAAAGAACUUUCUAGAAGUUCUCGGAGGAAUCGAACAAUCGAAAGUGUUCAAAAUAAUGAAGAAGGUCCCCAAGGGUGCAGUUCUCCACGCACACGACACUGCAUUCGUCCACUGGGAAUUCGUCUACAACAUAACAUUCCGAGAGAAUUUGUACAUAUGCGAUAGCGAUGGGGAAUUGUCUCUUCAAUUCUUCCAAACCCCAUCGAACAGCUGCGAUUGGAAGCUGCUGAGUGACCUGAGGGAAGAGCUAGCAGUCGCGGAUUCCCUCAACGAGAGGAUCCGCCGAAAAAUGACGAUGCUUGUUGAGAAUCCCGACGAGAAAUACCCGGACGUCGACGCUGCUUGGGCCAAGUUCAUGGACAUCUUCAUGUUCAUCACGCCGAUGCUCACUUACAGACCUGUCUGGGAGGAUUAUUAUUACCAGGGGCUCAAAGAGCUGUAUGAGGACAAUGUCUUGUAUUUGGAGUUGAGGUCUACACUUCCACCACUCUAUGAACUUGAUGGGAGGGAGUAUAAACUACUAGAAGUUGUGGGAAUCUACAAGAAUGUUACGGCAAGGUUCAAAGAGGAUUAUCCUGACUUCAUUGGUGCAAAAAUCAUUUACGCCCCGUUAAGAAUGAUGAGCGAAACCGAAAUAGGAAAUUUCAUAAACGAGGCUGUGGAAAUGAAGAGGACUUACCCCCAUUUUUUCGCAGGAUUUGACUUGGUGGGUCAAGAAGACAAGGGAAAAACUUUGAAAUCAUAUGCUGACAAACUGAAUGCAGUUAAAAACGAGAUAAACUAUUUCUUUCACGCUGGAGAGACGAAUUGGUACGGCACCAGUACCGACGACAAUUUGAUUGACGCUGUUUUACUCAAUACGAAGAGAAUUGGCCAUGGCUAUGCAAUUGUGAAGCAUCCGAAGGUGUUGGACUACGUCAAGAAGAAUAAAAUUGCUAUAGAAGUUUGCCCGAUUUCGAAUCAAGUACUUGGGUUGGUGAAGGACCUCCGUAACCACCCAGCGUCAGCAUUAUUCGCAGACGAUGUUCCAGUGGUCGUUUCCAAUGAUGAUCCAGGGCUCUUCGGCUCCAGGGCACUCAGUUACGACUUCUAUGAGGCCUUCAUGGGCAUGAUGUCCAAGAAUGCAGACAUACGGGCACUCAAACAACUCGCUAUGAACUCUCUCAUCUACAGCAGUCUUUCCCAAGACGAACGGUUUCACGCCUUCAACAUUUGGCAGGGGAGAUGGGACCGAUUUAUUAAUGAACUCAACAAUAAAGUUGUUUAAACUCAUUGUACACCGUAUGAUAACAAUGGGAUUGUCGAUUUUCUACGUGACUGCCAUUACGAUUGCCAUAAUUUGUGAAUUAAAUGCAAAUGCUCGUUAAUUAAACGUUUUCACCUUCAUCAA